AUGGCGACUCCGAACAACAACGCGUCUCCGACGGAGUACUACGGCGGUCUCGAGGUCGAUAGCCGACCGGGCCGUUCGCCGGGAGGAUGGGGCGCGGAAGACUUUAGCAAGUUCCGCGUUGCGGACCAGAAUAACCUGCCCGAAGUCCACAAUCAAGACGGUGACCUUCCGCAGGUCGUGCACCCGUACGGCCAUGACUACUCGAUGCUGCAGGCCGUUCACCCGGCAGAGGGCGCCUCGGCGAUCGAAUAUCAAAACGGUUCAUAUGAUCAAGGCGGGUUCUACGCUCCAAAAGAAGGUAACCCGCCGGAAGUCGCAACAUCAGAAGUCGAUGAGAAGCAGCAGAAGCCAAAGGCGGGCACAAUAUGCGGCAUACGACGCAAGACAUUCUGGAUUGUCCUGGCAGUGGCUCUCAUUGUUGUCAUUGGCGCCGCGGUAGGAGGAGGCGUCGGCGGUGCGUUGUCAAGGACCGACAUUUCGCAACAAUCGAGCAGCACGUCAGGAGGAUCAGGCGGCAGCGGGAAUGGCAGUGGUAACGGACCCGGCAGUGGGAGUGGGAGUGGGAGCGGAAGUGGAAGUGGUGAUUCCAGCAACUCGACGACACCGAGCGAUAUGGAUAUCCUGCCCAGCACCAGCCUCGGCGCGCUCAACUUCACAGACUCCUAUGGCUACGUAAAUCACCUCGUGUUUUAUCAGCUGCGGUCGAAGAACCUCAUGAUGUCGUCUUACAACUCUUCCACAAAAGUGUGGAGCUCAACCAUCGCGAACAGGGAGAGCACCAUCAAAGACGGCACCCCCAUCUCCAACAGCUUGUUCUGGCACAGCAAUCAGAUUCGCGAUGUCCGCAUCUACUACCUCAACGACGCUAAUCAGGUCGCGGGCAUCAUCAACGCCAACCCUGUUUACGGCUCGAACUGGGAUAAAUCCGGCGUCUCAAAUACAUUUACUGCGAAUGCGAAGUCACAACUGCUUUCCAACGGCAUUUAUACCCCCGACUCAUAUCUGUCGAAUCUCGUGAUAUACCAGGACGCCGGAAAUACCAUCCGCGUUCUUCGCCGAACGGGCGGGUCGGCGGAUUGGGCCGCCGUAGGAAUCUCGACGGACUUUGGAAAGCCUGCAGAGGGCACCGGGAUGUCGUUGAUUCCCAUCUAUACCAAUGAGACCACAAAGAAGAUGGCUCUUUUCUACACCUCUGAGACGGGAUCACUCAUCCACCUCACCCUUGUCAAUGACAACGACUGGACCAACGGCACUUUACCAACGACACUCGAAAAGAACGCCACGAUUGCGGCCUUUUCAAGCGGAUAUGAAAACAACAAUCUAGUUAUGCACGUACUAGGAUCACAGGCGGAUAAAGCACCCGUUUUGACGACUUUCACUGAAGGAGAGUGGACAAAUGUUGGAGAAAUUUCAACAAUGUCUGGCGAGGAUAGGCCUUUCAAGAUUGCUGCCAACUCAGCUGGCAGAGUAUAUGGUCUCGUCCAGCGGAAUGCUACCAAGGUUGAGAUUGUUGAGUGGGAGUGGAUUGGUGGUACAACAUACAAUAAGAUUGGUGUUGUAGAUACCGUCUCAUAA